GUAUAUGCCUCAGUGAAAUGCCGCAAGAAAGCUGGGAGAUUUGCGACUUUACCACUUCAUAAAUCCAAAUGGAUAGCAGUACCCGUAGGUGUUGUUUGGGCGUAACGUGGAAUGAACCAAUCAGAGCGUUUUCUCGCAUCUCCUUUAAAUGCGAUCGGCGCUUGUUCCAUGGCGGAUUGCUGUUAUGAUGGCGGAUUUGCCAGGCGCACGCAAAGAAAGGUUCACAAAAGAAGAGACCGAUUUGCUCGUCAGAGCAGUCAAAGACCGUGAGAUGACUUUGUAUGGGGAUGGGAGAAACCCACCCAAAAUUGCUUCGGUAAAAGCGGCUUGGGAGGAAAUCGCCGUAAUUGUCUCAGAAGCUGGACAACAUAGGACAUCUCUCCAUUGCCGUAAGCGGUGCAACGACGUCAGGAGAAGAGGCAAGGCCAAGCUUGCUGCCAACUCGCAAGCACGUCAAAAGACUGGAGGAGGAUCUGGCAGUUACCAGGACCUCACGCCAGUAGAGAACAUCGCAGCGUCAACACUGACCGCUGAAAGCGUUGAGGGUUUUGGGGGCUUUGAAGUCGGCACCCAACCCGAUGCACCAGCUGUCCAACCCCAAGAUUCUCAGGAAGAAGACCCUGGCCUCGGGACCAGCGCGCACGGGGCAGCUGAGGGAGCCGCGCGGCGCACUCAAUCAAGACGCCGUGGCAGCAGCGCCAGCAGCAUGAGACCGCAGGACCACCCGUUCCUGCAGCUCCAUCAAACCGGGUUCGACAUGCUGGAGCGGGAGCUGGCCGGGAUGCGGCGAGACAACAACACCAGUCUGGACCGGGUGGCGAUGUUGCUGCGGCCUCUCGGGCGCAUCGCCUCAAGUUUGGACCGGAUUGCAACAGCUAUGGAACGUGCAUGGCCCCCAAACGACCCAGCUCCUCCCCCAGUUGUGCCCCUUCCUCCCCCUGUUGUGCCCCUUCCUCCCCCCAUUCCAUCUCCGUCCACCCGCUCCACCAGGAGCAUAUCAAGCAUCGCCACUCCCGGACCCUCAUUUGUCGAAUCCCAACUAGGCAGGCGUAAAGGCCUUACAGAGGAGGGAGAAAAUAAUUAAUUUUUCCUUCAAAUCUUUGCAACUUUUCAUUUUUCAUUUUGUAUUUUUCAUUAACGCCUUUACGAACAUUUGGACAAGUCGAAUAAAAAAUGUCUCAAGGACAUACUAUACUUUC